UACUGAUCAGUGCACGAGCUCCUCACAUGGCCGCUGCUCAGAGUUUACCGAGGUGGGAGAGAGCAGCGAGGCUCGUUUUGUGUUUUCUCGGCUCGGUUCUGUCUGUUUAUGCUCUUCACGUGGAACUCUCCAGAGAAAGAGACUCCUCUUACAGGGCGAUGUGCGACCUGGGUGAAUCUGUGAGCUGCUCCAAGGUGUUUACCUCCAGAUGGGGACGUGGUUUUGGUUUGGUCCAGUUCUUCGUGGCCCAAGAUAGUCCUCUGAACCAACCCAACAGUUUGCUCGGCAUCAUAUUUUAUACUCUGCAGAUGGGCCUCGGUUAGUGUGUUAUUGUCCUCAGAAAAUUACAGAGUUGUGUUUUUAAGCUGGAACCUUGUGUUUAUCAUGGUUCGGUUAGACUGACUCUGUCUACAAAAGCAGCACUGGCCCUCGUCCUCUCCUCCUGGGUGUCCAUUGUUGGUUCGCUUUAUCUAGCAUCCAUCCUUGCUUUUGUUCUGCAGGAUUUCUGCAUGGUGUGUGUGUCCACAUACAUAAUCAACUUUGCGCUGCUCUACACCAACCUGAAGCGAAGGAAAGCAAUUGAAGGAAUGAAGAAAAAAACUGCAUAAAUGAUACUCACCUGUCUGCAUCAACAAAGCAACAUUUUAGCAACAUUUUUAGUAUUUUUGAAGAAAAACUCCUGAAAAUAAUCUCAGAAGAUCUUAAUAUAAAAAAAAAA